AUGUUCUUCAAGGCCAUCGACAUGCAGAACGAGGGCGACGCCCUGGCGAAGGAGGGCCGAACGAAGCUCUCGCUGAAGCAGGUCGAGGACGACCUGUCGACGCAGACGUUCUUCAAGCUGCAGAAGAACCGGCACUUCGUGGCCCUGUCGCUGGUGGAGGCCGAGCACCUCCGGGCCGUGAUGCACCUGUCGGAGCCGGGGGCCUUCAGGCAGACCGGGCUGGCGAUCAGGGCGCUGGGCAACCUGGAGUCUGUGCUCGCCGACUCGCUGAUCGACGAGUGCGGCCCCGCGACGUCCUCGGCGGGGGGCGUGAAGUACCAGCUGAGCACCGCGGAGCAGCUCCUGAGGCUCGUGAACUGUGCCGAGGGCUUCCAGGGCAGGGAGCUGCGCAUCCUCAUGCGGACGAUGCAGCACACCCAGGUGCCGGAGCGGCUGCCUUGGUUCCUGGACAUCCGCUCGUGCCGCCGCCGCGCGCAGCGCCCCUACCAGCAGCUCCCGAUCGCGGCCCUCUUCCUGAAGGAGCGGACAAGCUCGACGACCUGGCAGUCCACGCCUUCGUUUCCCGGCUGA